CCUUACUAGUAUAUUUGUGAUUGUGGGGGUGCAUGGUUGGAGCUGUACAGAAAGAGACUGCUGCUAUUUCUUCACCUCCUUCCUUCGUUUGUUGCUGAUCUUUAUCUUUCUUCAUCUUCUUUCUUUCUUUUUGCCUUCCCUAGAUAGCUAAUUCCAUGAGAGAUGGGGAACUGUCAAGCCAUAGAUGCUGCAGCCUUGGUCAUACAGCAUCCCUGUGGCAAGAUAGAGAGGCUUUAUUGGCCAAUUUCAGCUAGUGAGGUCAUGAGAUUGAAUCCUGGUCACUAUGUUUCUUUGAUUAUUCCAUUGCCUCUAUCUGGGGAUCAAGAUAAAGAUAAUAGCCAUCAGAAGAAGACUACUGUUCAGUUCACUCGUGUCAAGCUUCUUAGGCCUACUGAUACUCUUGCACUUGGCCAUGCUUAUCGUCUUGUUACUACUCAAGAAGUUAUGAAGGUGUUGAGGGCAAAGAAGCAUGCGAAAAUGAGGAGGCAGCAGCAGCAGCAGCAGCGGCCGGAAUCAGUUGAGAAGCCUCAGAUGGCAUCAGAGAAGAAGAGUUUGGAUUGUGAAGCAGAAAACAGACCUGCUGACACUGAGAAGGAUAAGGAGAAAGAUCAUCAGGUAUAUAUACAUAUAUCUCUCACUAGACCUCUUAUCAUUCUAAGCUUUUUCUUUAUUUCUUUUUUCGAUCAAUUUCAUAUUUAUGUUAUUUCAAUAACUACCAUAUUAUUGGAACUGGUUUAAUUAUGUCUCAAACAAAUUGCUGCUUGAAGAACUAUUACUUUCUUUCUUCAAUUUCGUAAUCAAGCAGACAUCGGCUGGUGGCGUUGAAGGAACUCUAAGAUAAUAGAAAUAGCUUUGUCAACCAUACAAAGAUUAUCCUUUAAUAUGAAGAGGGUCCAUGAUCAUAGUAGAUGAUGAUGGAGAAUUUUCAACCAUAAGAAUAUUAUUAUUCAUUUUUAAGUAUUUUCAUUAUUAUUAAUGAGCCAUUGACCUUCUGAUAAAGUUGCAAAAACUUCAGGCGAUUAAAAGUGAAAGACGCCGACCAAGGGCGUCAUCAAUCACCUCCACUGCACUCAGGUCAAAGUCCUGGCGCCCCACAUUACAGAGCAUCUCUGAGGCUGCGAGCUGAGCUGACGGUGUUAGUCAUAUAUGGCACAUGAAAAAUGCAGGAGAUUGAUUGCUUCCAACAUUUCUGGAGGUUAGUCAUAUGUGGAAUACUCCUUGUACACAGCAAAAUAGAUUUAUUCAUCAAUCGAUCAAAGGAGAAGUGUUAUUAGAUGUCAAAAGCAUUGUCAAUCAAAGCUACCAGUUUCAAACCAUUUUCAAGUAAAAAGAAAUCUGUAUAGCUACAAAGAUGGCAAUGGAUCUAACAUUGUUUUACAAGUAA